AAAGUCUCCGGCUCGGAGCCCUGGUGAAUGAGCUUGGUGUCCUUCUAUCAAAGUGACCUGAAAUCGACCAUCACAAGAAGACGUCCUGAUUACAUGCUGGAUCCAAGGGACCAUGGCCUCCUGGACGGGCCGGGCUCUGUGUGCGAUGCUCACUCUGCUACUGAUAUCUGUUGAAGGUCAGAGAAUCACCAGCAAAAAUGUAUAUCCAGCUCCAUCAACUUCAGGAGCCGAAGAACGUUCCAUGACACCAUCUGAGUCUGGCACCACAGCUUCCAUAAGAGAAGAUGGAGGCAAUGUAUCAUCAGCCAGAUCACCGGACAUCAGCAUCCCCACCACAAUGGACCCUAAUGGAAGUCAGGCUGCAACUCUGAUCGGGACAUCAGAGACCAUCAUCACUAUUAUUGAUCCAGAUACAACACCAGACAUCAGCCAUACCAUUGAGGCAAAAAAUAUGGACCCCGGCACCACAAAAAUGAAUGAACCAACACCAAUUAUCAGCCAGACAAGUGUGACAAAUGGAACUGGCGCCAGCACCACAAAUGUGGUUGGACCAGCAGCUGGUAGCAAUACAACCAACAUUAUCUAUACAACCACUGAAAUCAAGAAUAUCAGCCUGACAGAUCGAGCAGGUGACAGCAGUUCUACCAGUCCUGCCCUUAUAACUGGUGCCGGUCCUACAUAUGGCAUCAGUCCAACCACUGAUAGACUUACCAGGACUGAUACAGACAUCAACACUACAAUCAAUCCCACAACUGAAAGCAGCCCUGUAACCCUGAGAGAUCCAACAACUUACAACCAUGCAACCAGUGGGGCAGACACAACUGGUACCAGUUCUACCCAUACAACCAGUGGGACAGACACAACUGGUACCAGUUCUACCCAUGCAACCAGUGGGACAGACACGACUGGUACCAGUUCUACCCAUACAACCAGUGGGGCAGACACAACUGGUACCAGUUCUACCCAUACAACCAGUGGGACAGACACAACUGGUACCAGUUCUACCCAUGCAACCAGUGGGACAGACACGACUGGUACCAGUUCUACCCAUAUAACCAGUGGGACAGACACAACUGGUACCAGUUCUACCCAUGCAACCAGUGGGACAGACACGACUGGUACCAGUUCUACCCAUACAACCAGUGGGGCAGACACAACUGGUACCAGUUCUACCCAUACAACCAGUGGGACAGACACAACUGGUACCAGUUCUACCCAUGCAACCAGUGGGACAGACACGACUGGUACCAGUUCUACCCAUAUAACCAGUGGGACAGACACAACUGGUACCAGUUCUACCCAUACAACCAGUGGGACAGACACAACUGGUACCAGUUCCAUCAAUGUGACUAAUCUAACAGCCAAUACUGCAGAUGGGGAGAACUCUGAAACAGUCAUAAUAACCAGUCUGACUGAUGAAACCCCUGAUACCAUCACCUCCAAUAGGACGGGUCCUACAAUCAGAGAUACAACAACUGGUACCAAUAGUAAAACAUAUAACAUUGAUAUUAAAAGAACCACAACCAUCAUGGAAAGAGUAACCAACACCAUGGAGAAACCUGCUACAAUGGAGCAGAGAGCCCUUAUAAGCAUCAAUAUAUACAUGCAGGAGGCCAGCUUCACAGGAAGUCAGUGCGGCUCAGCUUCAGCCAAUGGCUUCAGAGCAGGAAGAACCUUGAUGUUUACAGUCACCGUCGCAACCACCUUAUCCACUGACGCCACAAUCGAUGCCAUCUCGGAGAAGUUGACAAGGAGAAAGCCAGUGUUCGAUUUCUUUAUUGAUGACACCGAGCUGUUCUUCCCCGGUCUGGCUCUGUUCACCCAGGCUUACCAGGUGCAGAAAGCCUAG